GAUUCUCUAUACGGAAUGGAGAGAUUCGGAGUGCCGCGUGGCAAGCGUCCCCGAGUGCAGGUUUCUUUGGACGAUAAGGAACGAGCCAUAGCCCGUAUCCGUGGUGGUGAAACCAAGGCCGGAAUAUCGCGUGAAUUGGGUGUUCCGGAGUCCACGGUACGCGGCUGGGUGAAACGAGCCGAGCAGAGAAUAGCCCGCGAGGCAAAUGUUCAGCCAGGUACGGCCAACUUUCCCACCAUUUUGACCAUGACCUUGGCCAAACCGCAAGUCACCAUCACCACGAAAUCAUCGGAUUCGUCUGUCAAUUCUAAAUCAUCAUCCUCAUCGCCUCCGCUGGCCGUAAAGCUGCCCCAAAAGCGCAAUAUUAAUGGUCAUGCUGUGCCUUGCCCACAGGAUCCUAUGCAGAAUUCAGCACCUGUACCGGUUCCCACAAACGUGCCCAUUCCUGUGCCUAUUCCCAUGCCCUUCCCAGUACCAUCAAUGGUUUCCACUGAAAGUCAGCAACAGAUUAUUGCUUGGCUGAAUAUUUUCAAUGCCGGAAUCCUGAACUUCACGCUGAUUGCCACUGCUGCCGUGCUCCAGGCUCGCUCCCGUGGUUUGGCGGAUCGCAUACCGUUGUGGCAAAUUAUCACGGAUUUCGUUGACGAAGCCGGGCGUAAUGUGGCAGCCAAUGGGGGUCAGUACGUGGAGCAGCCUGCACAGCAGUCGAAUAGAGUGCGCACAAGCCCCAGACCGCGAAGGGUUCAAACGGCAUUGCCGGUUCAUCCUUAUCGCGGUCAUAAGAAGGCUCCACCUGUCCACAUAACCGCUGAAGAUGAUGAGGAUUGCAUCGCAGACGCUGAUAUGGUACAAUGAUGACACCAGGGACAGGGAAAUAAUGUGAUUUUACCUUUUGCAAAAAGGAA